UGCGGAAGCAUCCGUGCAUAAGGAAGUACAUUGAUAUAGCGUGAACAAGUUACAUGAGUGCCUCCACACUGUGCAGUUGCGGUCUCCUUCCAAUCUCCCGCCGAUUAGCGGUUCAAACCUCGUUGAACGCCUGCUGCGUUCUGUGCCUUAUUCAAACUCAGUGGCUGCAGAUAGCAACUCGACGCCUUUCACUUGCUCCAGUUCUUCCAGAUGCCACUUUCCCUGAGCUCUUUCUGGCUAAUGAGCGGAUUUUGGUAUAUGUGGUACCUUCUAGAUCCCAACUUGCACCCGGUUGGAACCAAAGGCGGAGGCAAAGGGAGCACGACCACUUUCCCCUCCACGUACCUCAUACAAGGCUUCCCCCGAAGCGUGCAAUACUGACACGAGAACAUCCCCUCUUCUUCCUUUGUAGUCCAGUCACACGUUGCCGACAUAGCUCUGCGCAGCAUGCAUGUCUUGCUUUUGGAUGUGAUCCUCCACUUCCUUUUCCUUCCGAGGAUGUAGAGCAGAUGCAUCCGGGCGGCUGUUGCCAUGGGUUUCGAGAGGGUGUGCGACUUCGUAAUGUCUCCAUCCGAACAUCCGCAUAUCGAUAGGUCUUCUGAUGCGGCCACAAUGGUGUCUAACGCUUUGGUAGGCAUGUUUGCAGUGCCCUGAUCUUGAAUCCUUCCUUUUAUAUCCCCGAUUUCCCGCCUUAGCUCUGCAAUGACCUGGUUUUUCUCGCCUCUUAUCACAUCGAUUUCACGCCUUAGCUCUGCGAUAACCUGGUCUUUCUUGGCAACGGUCUUACGUAGACGCCGAAUAACGUGCUCCAGAGUGCGGAUUUUCUUGCGUAGCGCGUUCCUCUUUGUUUUGUGCUCGUUAUUGGUC